AUGGCUUGGCAGUCCCCUGUAGAGCCCCAGAGACGUCCCAUGUGCCACCCCCAUGGUGGAGAGGCGGGCGAGGUGAGUGCCAUGUGGAUGUUCUGUGACCGUGCUGUUCUUUGUGCUACUGACUCCACUACCGCUAACCUCACCACGUCCUCUUCCUUGGUCCCAGGGACGGUCUCUGACAUCCUAACGGCUGUGAAGAUCCUGACCAACUCCACAGUGGAAAUCGCAGCGGCAUCCGUUGGGGAGACGAGGAUUGCUGGCGCCGUGCGACACCUGGAGGAGAAGGCCCUGGAUGUUCCGGAAACCUUGGAAGUUCUAGAGCCAGUCAAGGAAGACGUGGUGGUGGCUGAAAAGGAAGCGACGGUCGAGGCGUCCGCUGUUGGGGAGAUGGAGGAGCCCAGGCCUGAAGAGGCUGUUCUUGAUGUCGCAGGUGCAGAAGAAGCGGAGGCGGAAGUGACCUCUGAACCGCAGGAAGUAGUUCUGGUUGUGGAGGUGGAGACCCCUGCAGCGGGUGUUUCUGCUGCCGAUGAUGAGGCAGAGGAGAAAGCUAUCACCCUCCCUGAGGAGGCUCCAGCCUCCGCUCCUUUAGUAGAAGAGGUGGGAGAGGCUGAGGAACCAGCGGUUGAGGCACCAGCUCUUGACGCACCAGCUCUUGAGGUUGUUGCAGUGGAGGAGGCCACAGGGGUUGAAGAGCCAACUGAAGCUGCGUCAGCUGUGGAGGAGUCUGCAGAACCAGCCCUGGAGGUGGCAGAGGCGGCUGAGGGGGCCGAGGUCAUAUCCGAGGAAGAAGCCCUCAUCAUAGCGGCGGCCCACCUUGCAGCAGCCUCGGUCAGUGCCGCCCUGGAGGUCCUGCCGGGAGCGACAGUAGAGGAAGCUGAGCUAGCUCCGGAGAUCUCAGCUGUAGAGCACUGCCACUCCUGCCACAGCACUGGCCCGGCCUCGGAGGCGGCGGAACCCCUGGUUGUGGAGGCGGAGGUGGUGCCACCUGGUGUGGAGGAGGAAGCUGUGCAAGGCACAGAAGUCCAGGAGGCGGAUGUCCAGGUGGAGGAGGAGGCAGUGGAGACCUUGCUCGAGGAGAGCACCUCCGAGGGCGCCGUGGAGAUGGCCGAGGAAGCCAAGGAGGAGGGAACACCCAUGGCAGGGCUAGCCAUUGAGAACCUGGCCGUGAUCUCAGUCCAGUCGUGAGAUGAACAGAGACGUGCCUUCCGGAACUUUCACCAGCUGUCAAUCAGAAACAGGAGAGUCAUACAGCGCAGAGUUAGAAUGAGCUAUGAUUUGUUCUUCCACUCUGUUCCAAUGUCAGCAACACUAAUGUGACCCUGGUCAACCAUAGCUCAAAUAAACCUUAUAUUCCUUUUUGUCUGCUAAUACUCUAGCACUUUUCUAAGGUUUGAAUAGGCACUUUGUUUAGGAUUUGUUUAAAAGUUAGACUUUAGUUCCAAUUAAUACUUAGUAACUCAAGGUGCCGCCAUUGCUAAACUCAUUGAACAUAUUUAUAUUUAUAAACAUGACCAGUUGAUUGUAUUCAGUUAUCCAUGUGGCCAGUUGAUUGUAUUAAAAUGUAUUCACAUGACCAGUUGAUUGUAUUACAAUUUAUUCACAUGACCAGUUGAAUGUAUUAAAAGUUAUUUACAUGACCAAUUGAAUGUAUUGAAAGUUAAUCACUUUACUGUUGAAAGUAGCCUAUUUCAAGUUGUCUGAUAGAUUGCAUACCACAAGUAAAAAGAGAUGUCAGUUCCUUAAUGGCUAUUAUGGUUUUCAUGAAGCAAUGGUGUUUGCUAACUGUCCGAUACUCUGCUAACCUUUAUGAAAACAAUAAAAACUACAAAUGUAAAUCAAUUGUCUCCUAAGGACCCUAAACAUUAGAGUGUAAUAUUUAAUAUUAUAUAAAUAUAAAGUAGUAUUGAGUAUGUUAGGAUACUUGUGUUUGUUUUUUUGUUAGUUUUUUUGCCACACAAU